AUGGAAAAAUUCACUCAUCUGGAAGCUCUGCUGUUUACUGCUGUGCUGGAGAAUUGUGUCGAUCAACUCUCAAUUCUUGGAUAUAUCAUGCCGGUUUCAUAUGAGGGCGAGACAGACCUCAGCCAUACUGGCAUCCAGGAAAUUAAAGAAAUCGUAGAGACCCAGAAGGAGCUGGACACUAACUACGAAGCCCCUAUGUCAGCAAGGCAAGUGAGUGGGGAAAGAAUUACCUCCAUGUGUCUGAAAAGCAUCGAACACAAGCAACAGCUGGGGAAAACUGAAGAUCUAAAAAGUACCCAUCAUCUUUCCAUCAGGGCCAUGAAACACAGUGCUCUGACUGUAGAGAGUCUCAGAAAAAUUCAGGCUGACAGGCAGUAUGCAAGUGAUGUAACUACAAUCACUAUGAAAAAGAUGCAGGAACUGGGAACAUUUGAUAGCCUAACAGAAGCUAAUGAGAGAGAGAAGGAAAAAAAGAACAAGUUUCAUGACAUCCUCAUCAGGGAGGAGGAAGGAAAGGAGGAGAUAAAGUCACUCCAGAAACAGCUGCAAGAUGUCAAGAAAGAAACUGAAAUAGAACUUCAGAACCGAGAUAAUAUGAUUGCUUACCUCAAAGACGAGCUUCAAGAGAUGAAGGCCAAAAUGAACAUGGAGAGCUGCUACGUGAAGAAAAGCACAGACCUCCGGGUCCACCAAACCAAGAAGAAGUGCAGCAACGCAGAGAAUGUCCUGGAUGAGGAAAUUCAGAAGUUGAGGAGCAAAACUGAUGAGGAGAUUCGAGUCCACAUGGAGAUUGAAAAUUUCCUCAGGCAACACCAUAAGAAGGUGGAAGAGAAGCUGGAAUACUGGGUGGACAAGUAUGAAAAUGACACAGAUGCUAAAGACGAAGAACUGGAUGCCCUAAAAGCAUCAAAGGCAAACAACUUGGAAAUACUGCAGAGACUUACCAAGGAGUGCCAGACAUUUGAGCAAACUAUCAUCAGUGACCGGGUGGAAAAGGAGGCUAAAAGAAGACAACUAGAACAGGAUGCCCUUGAGCUGAAGAGCAUCCUGAAGCUGCAGGCCUGGUGGAGAGGUACAAUGGUCCGCAGAAACCUUGGCCCCUACCAGGCCCUCAGGAAGAGUCGGCAGAAACAUCUAUCAAAGCAGAAAGAAAAAGGGAAAAAGAAAAAAUCUGGAGCAAAGAAAAAGAUGCGAUAA